AGCGGGAGAAAAAAAAGGCGAAAAAAGACGGUUUAUUUGUGGAAAAAUGAGGUUAAAAAGUACACAGAACGUUAGAAAAAGGAAAAGAUAUAAAAAGUUAUUAAAGGAAUUGAACCAUCUUCUAUUGAAAUAUAAUAUUUCAGAUAAGAUAAAACUUGAGGAGUUUUCUGUUUGUCAUAUGAUUCGGUUAUAUGAGGCUCUUUAUCAUACGAAAUUUCCGUUUGCUGAUGAGAAGAAUGAAUCGAGGAAAACACAGGUUAAAUACGUUAAAUUCCUUCUUGGAACUAUUUCACAUGAGUCAUUGAGGAUAGAUCUUAGUUAUAUUGACCCGGUUUUGGUGAUUAAACGAGAUAUGAAGUCUAUGAUGAAUAUUGUAGAAAUACUUGUGAUAGCAGGACAUUUGCAGCGUUUGAAGGAGAGAAUUGCAGCUAAACAGGAUGUAAAUGUUGAGGACGAGGGCUCGGGAGAGAGUGAUUCAUUUAUUUCGGAUGAAAUAUUGGAUUGCGAAGAAGAAGAAGAGAAGGAGGAAGAAGAAGAAGAGAAGGAGGAGGAGGAAGAAGAAGAUUUAGAAAAUAAUGAGGGAUCUGUUUGUAAUUGUUUAAAAGAAUCGCAAGAUGUAGUCCAUACGCCAAAUUCUUUAGUUUCAUCUGGAUCAGUUAUGUCUUAUUUUACGAAUCGUGCAAAUAAGGUAUUUAAUAGGAUUCGUUCUUUAAAUCUAGAUACAACACAGCCUAAAUGUGUCAAUGAAACAUUUAAAAGGAAUUUAAAAGAAAACACAAAGGAUCAAAAAAAGCAGGGGAUCAUUAAAAAUAAAAAUCAUAAAAAAAAUAAAAUAUCUAAACAUUGUCGAUCUAUUGGAACACAAACAUUAUUACCUUAUUUUUCUGAAACACCGAAUUCUCAAAUUUCACCACUAUCAUCAUCACCAGAUGAAUCAUAUCAAUGUUCUUCUAAAAUAAGAACAUGUUCUAUAAAAAAAAUGAUGCAAAAAGUUUCAUUAAAUACAUGGGAAUCUCAAACUUCAGAAGAUGAAUCGUUAGAGUUUGAUCUUUCCGGCAAAGAAAAUAUAAAAACAUCUAUAAAUAAAGAAAUAACAGACAUACAUAAUUUUCAACAAGGAUCUUUAAAAAGAAACGAAUAUUAUAAUCAACCUUUGAAUGAUAAAAUAAUACCAAAUAAUAACGAAAAUAUGCAUUAUCAUCUUCUUCAUACUUCACAUAAAGUUACACCAUUACGUCUUAGGCAAAAUAUAUCGCAGGAAUCCUCGCCUAAUAGUGAUUCUACAAAUAUAGAAUUUUUUAAACAAAAAUUUCAUAAAGGAAUAUUGACAACAGAUUCACCAUAUACAUUGUAUUUACGAAAACGAAGAAAAAAUGCUUUAAAUGCAUUAUACGCACAACGUUCUUGUUUAGAACAGAAUUUAAAAUUAUCUAACAAAAAUAACAGAAAAAUAUCUGCUAAUCAUUCAAAAACAAAAAUAAAAAAUAUUCCUCAUAGAGAAUUAUAUAAUCGACCUUUAAGCGAUAUUUCAUUCUAUUCUCCAUCAGAACUUAAAUCUCAAACAUCUUUUUUUUCUAAUUAUGAUAAUUCUAUUACGGAUCUUGAAAAACAGCUUCAAUCUACUAAAAAACUUUAUUCUAAAGAAUCAUAAAUUCUAUUAAGGCAUUUCUUGGUAAUAUUUACAUUUAUU